AUGUUUUUGCUAUCUUCCCUACUUUGUGCCUUAGCUGGCCAUGUUUCUGCUUUUUUAGUAGAAACUUCAAGUCUCACAGAUCUCUAUCCUCCACUUUGGAAGGAGUGUCCUGGCCAGUUCAGUGAUUACAGAGUAGAGAAUGGGGUGUACACCAUUAAUCCAUGGCUAUAUCCUGAAAGAAUGGGGAUGUACAAAAUCUUAGUUACAUUUACAGCUGAAUAUUUUGAAAGAUUUGCACCAAAUAAUGAAGCAAACAUUUUAUGGGGACUGCCUCUGCAGCAUGGAUGGCAAUAUGAAACAGGCAGAUUAGCUGAUCCUACUGAUGAGACUAAGUGUGGCAGGGAAAAUGGAAACCAUACAUGCAUUUCUGUGGACAGCUGGUGGGCCUGCAUGAAUUACUAUCUAUCUGUACUACCCUUCUUUGGUGCAAUUGAGGCUGGAGUAUUAGGGAUCUCAUCAGACCAAGUGCAACUUUUGCCACCACCAAAGGACCAGAUGUAUUUCUGUUAUAGUGUUACUACUUGUCGUUCAACCUUCCCAGAGACUAUGACAAAAUGGAGUACAUUUUUUCAGCAAGCAAUGGAACCUUCUAAAAGCUGGGAUGACUUAUUGAAAUACUUAUGGGAUGCACACGUAGCCUCCAUUGAAGAGGGCAGAACCAGUUUUGAUGAUAGGUCUCUGUAUUUCCCCAAACCAGAGACAGAUUUUGGAAAAAGUUGGGCAACUGCUAUGAAUUAUAUUGCUGCAAUCCGUUUUGAAACAACUUUGCAGAAUGUUACUAAAUUCCAGAAGGCUCUGCCCCCAAGACUGCUCAAGCCUGAUGACCCUCCCUACUUCAUUGAGGAUUUCACUGAUUCCCAGAACAGAUUCUUGUUUUUGCUUCAUGGUCUAAACAAAAUGCAUAAUGAUUCAGGACACAAAUUUUUGUCUCUCUUCAGAAAUUUAAUGAAGUCUGAACUUCUAAGGAAGAUGGCAAAUACUGUAUUGGAACAGAUUAUUUUAGAUGAUAAUAUAUCACCUCAGGAAUUGGAUAUUAUUUUUUCAGGAUACAUAUGA